CGGCCGCGGGUCAUUAGCGGACGCUGGUGUGGCCGCCACUCGUGUGAGAGCCGGCAGCCGGAGCGGGCGGGCCGCCGUCCGGACCCGUGCGCAACUGAAGGAUCUCAGUCCAUUGCGACAGACCGCACAGCUCAGAGUCCCGGGGCCAGAGUGGCCGGGAGAACUGGUGGCCCGAGGGCUGUGAUCGCGACCUGUGACCGGCCGGACAGCCAUGGCGUUCUCUCUGGGGAGCCAUUUCCCGUUUCUGGCGGCCUACUGGCAGCCGGUGCUGCUGGCGGCGCUGGCCGCGGCCGUGGUGCACCUGCUGUUGGAGCGGCGCCGCGCGCGCACCGCCGCCGCCCGCCCGGCGCCCUGGAGGGACGAGUCCGUCUCGGAGUCCGCCGUCGACCCCGCGCCGCCGCCGCCGGCCGAGAAGACGGCGGCGCGCGUGCCGUACCGGCCGGCGCGGCUCGGCGCCGACGAGAUGGUGCGCCGCGCCGAGCAGUUCUACCGCGAGCUGAACGGACGCCGAUCGGUGCGCCACUUCAGCCGCGAGCCGGUGCCGCGCGCUGCCGUGGAGGCGGCCAUCCGCGCGGCCGGCACGGCGCCCAGCGGCGCGCACACCGAGCCCUGGACGUUCGUGCUCGUCGAGUCGGCCGAGGUGAAGGCGGCCGUGCGCCAGAUCGUCGAGGACGAGGAGCGCGUCAACUACGAGAAGCGGAUGGGGGCGCAGUGGGUGCAGGACCUGGCGCCGAUCGGCACCGACUGGCGCAAGGAGUACCUCACCGAGGUGCCUUUCCUAGUGCUGGCGUUCCGGCACGCGUACGGCGUGGACGAGCGCGGCGAGCGCUUCACCACCUACUACAACGAGAUCAGCUGCCACCUGGCGUGCGGCCUGCUGCUGGCGGCGCUGCACCAGGCCGGCCUGGCCACGCUGACCAGCACGCCGCUCAACUGCGGACCGCGCCUGCGCCGGCUGCUGGCGCGGCCAGAUAACGAGAAGCUGGUGCUGCUGCUGCCGGUGGGCCUGCCGGCCGCCGACUGCACCGUGCCCGACUUCCGCCGCAAGCCGCUCGACAAGAUCAUGGCGGUCUGCUGAGCGGCUGGCCGCCUGCUGAGCGGCCGGCCGUCUGCUGAGCGGCUGACCGUCUGACCGUCUGCUGAGCGGCCGGCCGUCUGCUGAGCGGCUGGCCGUCUGCCGAGCGGCUGGCCGUCUGCGGAGCGGGGCGGCCGGCUGCUGAGCGGCUGGCCGUCUGCUGAGCGACCGGCCGUCUGCUGAGCGGCUGGCCGGCUGCUGAGCGGGGCGGCCGGAGCGGCACAGCGCGCCGGCCGACCGUCACAUCCCGCCCAGCUGACAGAGUUAUAUAAGAAUCUCGGCCGGCGACAGCGGCAGACACUAAAGGGAGAUAGUAUCGCCAUCUGGUUUUGUCCGCGAGCCAUCCGCGAAGUGUCAAGCAAGGGAUUAUUGGAAGCUAUUAUUGGACCCCGUGGUUUCGUCGCACGCCUUUUCAUUUGUGCCAUAUCUAAUUAUAGCUAGGCGGGAACUGGAAUGUGUGCAUGCAUGUACGUUGUACGAGUCAAUUUCAUGUGCUGUCCAAACCUGAAUCGUGGGACCAAGGUGUCUUCGAUGUGUUGUAUUCAGUUUGAAGUGGCCAGAGUAAAAGACAAUUUCGCUCAUGAAAAGACGGGAACGGAGUUUGCGGCAAUAACAAUAUAUAGCAACACAAAGUGAUGCGUGUCGCAUG